AUGGCUCAACUCCUGAACAGCAUACUCACCGUGAUCAAGGUGUUCCAGAAACAUGCCAAAGAGAAUGGGGACUGCGCCUCGCUGUGCAAGAAGGAGCUGAAGCAGCUACUCUUGGCUGAGUUUGGAGACAUCCUCCGGAGACCAAAUGACCCAGAGACUGUGGAAACCAUCCUGAGCAUCUUGGAUCGAGACAGAAAUGGACGUGUUGAUUUUCAUGAAUACCUCUUGUUGGUGUUCCAAUUGGUCCAAGCCUGCUAUCGUAAGCUAGAUAUCGAGUCAUAUGGAGACAGAACCUCCCGACAAGAAGAAGGGCAGGAGGGAGCACAAGACCAUAAGUUCCCAAGAAACAGAGACAGACAACACAGACAUAGGCAAGAGGAAGAAAGGCAGGAUUCCCAUCAUGGUCAGUCUGAAAGACAAGAUAGGGACUCCUGCCAUGAUCAGUCUGAAAAACAAGAUAGGAACUCCCGCCAUGGUCAGUCUGAGGGACAAGACAGGGACUCCCACCAUGGUCAGUCUGAGAGACAAGACCAGGACUUCCAUCAUGGUCAGUCUGAAAGACAAGAUAGGGACUCCAGCUUAAAUCAGUCUGAGAGACAAGGCCAGGACUCUAGCUAUGGUCAGAAAUUGAGUCAUAAGUCCAGCAACGGCCAGCCUAAAAGACAAGGAUAUCUCUUUGCCGUAAAUCAGUGUGAAAAACCAGUUCAGGAUUCUCAUCACAAUCAGUCUGAAAGGCUUGGACUACGAUCAAGCUGUGGCCAGACUAGAAGACUUGGACAGGACACUUGCUCUAGCCGUACAGAACAACAGGAAUCAGGCUCUAUUUAUGGACAGUCUGGAAGGCUGGCUCAGGAAUCAGGCUGUGGUCAGAGAGACAGGCAAGGACUGGAUUCUCAAUAUGGUCAGACAGACAGACAAGGCCAGGGUUAUCACUAUGGUCAGAGAGAGACGGGGGAAACUGAAAUACAAGGGCAAAAUAGGUAUUUCCAAGGAAGUGAGGGAAUAAGAAGAGACACACAUGUUGAGCAAUCAGGAAGGUCACGGAGACUAAAUCAACAGACUCAAGGACAAGAAGUGAAUCCAAACCAGAGGCAGGGGUCCCAGAAAAGACUCCAGGCAUGGGAAAGGCAGCUUGAGGAUACUCAACACCACCAACACAAUCUCUUGGCAGAAAUCCAGCAAGAAAGGUCACUCUGCCACAAAAGGAGAGACUGGCAAUCAAGUGGCAGUGAGCAGGACCACAGACAGGCCCAGACCCAGCAGAGCCAUAGCGAGGGGAAGAGCCACCGGACAGAGGAGAGGCAGAGUCAUCAAAGCUGGGGUAGACAGAGCCAUGAGGGCCAGGAAAGUCCAUGUGAGAGACAGGACAGGCAAACCCAUGAAGAUGAGCAGAACCGUCAGAGACAGAUCAAGCAAAUCCAUGAAGAUGAGCAGAACCGUCAGACACAAGACAGGCAAACCCAUGAAAAUAAGCAGAACUGUCAGAGACAGGAUAGGCAAACCCAUGAAGAUGAGCAGAACCAUCAGAGACGAGACAGGCAAACCGAUGAAGAGGAUCAAAACCUUCGACGACAACAGAAUACACAAACCUAUGACGGGGAAGAGAGGUAUGAAAGGUCCCAGAAUCAACAAUCCCAUGGGACCCAGCAAGGUUGUUCUAACAGAGAAACUUUCCACAUGAAUGAAGGUGGCCUGAGCCGAGGCUCACAGGGAAGACGUAGUGACCCAGCUCUCCAUCCAACCCAAGGCAAUGGGAGGCCCCAGAGAAGAGAACAGGGUGGAGGUCAUCCUACCAAGGCAGCUAUUUCUUCCAACCCCCUUUAUGACUACGUACAAGAACAGAGAUCCCAUCAGUACUAGGCUGCACGAUCACCAAUGCUAAAGCAACACGAAGCCAAGGAAGAAACCUGCAUGUCAAGUUCAUCUUUACUUCUCUCUAAGAGCUUGACAACGUAUGUCUGCUCUCUAUCCUCCACUUUAUCUACAUGCAGUGAUGCUUUUGAGGACCAAUAUUCACUUUUAGGG